AUGGCCGAAUCCCUUCUCUUCAGCGUCGCAGAUUCACUCAUUGGGAAGAUUACUUCUUUGACUGUUAAAGAAGCUUCUUCGGUGUUGAGUGUGAAGGCCGAUCUGAAUGGACUCAAAGAAACUGUGACAUUCAUCAAAGCUGUGCUGUUGGAUGCAGAGCAAAAGCAGCAACAGAACAAUGAGUUGCGUGUGUGGCUUAGACAGAUUAAGCGUGUUUUCUUUGAUGCCGAAGACAUAAUCGAUGAUUUUGAGUGCGAAGCCUUACGUAAGCAUGUUGUCAACACUUACGGUAGCAACUCAAGGAAGGUACGCCGUUUCUUCUCUACUUCAAAUCCUCUUGUUUAUCAUAUUAGAAUGGCGCAUCAGAUCAAAGAUAUCAAACAGAGAUUAGAUAACGUAGCCGCUGAUAGGCAAAAGUUUGGCCUUCAAACCAUUGAGAAUGAUACACGUGUUGUGCAUAGGAGGGAAAUGACUCACUCCCAUGUUGAUGCUUCAGAUGUGAUAGGAAGGGAACAUGAUAAAGAUAAAAUUUUAGAGCUUUUGUUACAAUACGAUGGUGAUGAUAUAAGUCUAUCUGUUAUCCCCAUCGUGGGAAUUGGAGGUUUGGGAAAGACUACACUUGCAAAGUUGGUGUUUAAUGAUGAGAGUAUAGAUAAGUCUUUCCCAUUGAAGAUGUGGGUGUGUGUCUCUGAUGAUUUUGAACUUGAGGGUUUGCUUCGUAAAAUCCUCAAAUCUGCUACUAAUAGUAGUGAUUCUGCUCCCGUCCAAGCUCACCGGGAGAGCUUUAAAAACUCUGAUAUGGAGCAACUACAACGUCUUCUAAGAAGUAACCUUGCAGGUAAAAAGUUUUUGCUUGUCUUGGAUGACGUAUGGAACGAGGAUCGUGUUAAAUGGGUCGAGUUGAAGAAUUUACUACAAGGAGGUGCUGAAGGAAGUAAAAUCUUGGUGACUACACGUAGCCACUCAAUUGCUACCAUGAUGUCCACUGGUUCAUCUUACGAUCUACAAGUUCUUUCUGAAGAUGAUUCCUUGUCCCUAUUUGUCAAAUGGGCUUUUAAGGAAGGAGAAGAGAGAAGAUAUCCUGAAUUGUUGCAGAUUGGGAUAGACAUUGUGAAAAAAUGCGAUGGGCUUCCAUUGGCCAUGAGAACAGUUGGAAGUUCACUAUUCUUGAAAGUUGAUUUGAAAGACUGGGAGUCUGUUAGAGACAAUGAGAUUUGGAAUUUAACACAAAAAGAAGGUGACAUUCUUCCUGCUCUACAAUUAACUUAUGAUCAACUGCCUUCAUAUUUAAAAUCAUGUUUUGCCUGCUUCUCCCUUUUUCCAAAAGACUUUGAGUUCAAUAGUUUUGAUGUUAUUGCACUUUGGGUGGCACUCAGUUUUCUUCCAACACAAAACAAAAACAAUUUUUUUGAAGAAGUUGGCAAUCAAUUUUUGCAUGAGCUGCAGUCAAGAUCUUUUCUUCAAGAUUUUAUUGACCAUGGUACUGCUUGUGAAUUUAAAUUACACGAUUUGGUGCAUGAUCUUGCAACGUAUGUCGCAAACGAAGAGUUUCAACUGUUAAAUUCUAGCAAUCAGAACAUAUGUAAGCAUGCCCAGCAUUUGUCAUUUUUUAAAAAUGAUUUGCUUGACCAUUCUUCCAUUCCAAGAGGUCUGAGAACCAUAUUUUUUCCUAAUGGAGCCAACAAUGAAGCUUUCUUUAAUACAUUGGUGUCAAGGUGCAAUUACUUGCGGGUUUUGAAUUUAAUUGAGUCUGAAUAUGAGAGUUUGCCCAGCUCCAUUGGUAAGUUGAAGCAUAUAAGAUUUCUCUGUCUUUACUCUAAUGAAAAACUUAAGCGACUCCCUAGUUCAGUCUGCAAGCUCCAAAAUCUACUAGUUUUGGAUCUCAGAGGAUGCACUAAUUUACAAACAUUGCCCAAAGGAAUAGGAAACAUGAUUAGUCUUCGAGACCUGGGUAUAAGCACAAAGCAAUCUGAUUUUCCGGACAAAGAAGUUGCAAAAUUGACUUCUCUAGAAUUAUUAAGUUUAAGCAAUUGUGACAAUUUGGUAUCAUUCCUCAAAGCGGUGCAACUGCCUAAUCUUAAAGGGUUGUUUAUUGAUUCUUGUGACAAUCUAAAGUCUUUGCCACUCCAUGCUACUCCAAACCUAGAGACUUUGCUUAUUAGGAACUGCGACAAGUUGGAAUUGUCAAAGGGCCUUGACAACCAAAUCCUUGAGUUAAGGUUAAAGUUAUUAGAACUUAGUUAUUUGCCACAGCUGGUGACUUGGCCUCAAUGGCUGCAAAGAUCUGGAAGCCCAUUACAUUCCUUGUUGAUUGAUAACUGUGACAAUCUUAAGGAGCUUCCCAAGUGGCUGUCAACUUUGAUUCAUCUCAAAACACUUAUGAUUAUAAAGUGUCCAAAAUUGCUUUCACUCCCUGAAGACAUGCAUUGUUUCACCUACCUUGAAUACUUAUGUAUUGAAGAUUGUCCAAAUCUAUGUAGAAGGUACCAGCCAGAAGUUGGAUGGGAUUGGCCCAAAAUAUCGCACAUCAAACGAGUCUACAUUGGUGAACCAGAAUCGGAAUAG